AUGCCAUCCGCAUUGAUCUUGAUCGCCGAGGGGACCGAAGAGAGCGAGUUCACGAUUACGUACGACGUUCUGGUUCGCGGGUCGGUGACGACGAGGUCGGUGUUGGUUGGAUCGUCAAGCACAUGGAGUGAUGCAUCGUGUGCACACUCGGUGGCGUACGUGACGUGUUCUCGGGGAGUCAAGAUCGUGCCUGAUCUGCAACUGGCUGACGUUGGCGGUGGCAAAGCGCUCGAGUAUGACUGCAUCGUGAUUCCGGGAGGUGCCAAAGGUGUCGAAACCAUCUCGGCGAAUGCGGACGUGCAGGCGUUGGUCGGCGCCAUGUACGCUAAAGGCAAAGUGGUCGGUGCCAUCUGCGCCGGCAGUCUAGCCAUCCACUCGGCAGCCAUCGCAAGAGACAGCGCUAUCACAAGCCAUCCCAGUGUCAAGUCGAGUCUGGAUCAACACUACGCGUACAAGGACGACAGAGUCGUGGUUGCCGAUAACCUCAUCACUUCUAGAGGCCCCGGCACCACGUUCGAAUUCGCCCUCGCCUUGCUCGACGCACUCGUCGGAAAGCACAACAGGCUCAAAAUCCAACCUCCGAUGAUCCUCCAUCCAAGCAUGUCCGCUCACGCCCAACCCGAGCCCGACCAGCUCAACUAG